AUGGCCGUGGGCUCCGGCAAGAUGCAGCCCCCGUGCGACAGCGCGGAGCCCGCCUUAAGCCGCAGGCCGAGCGCCAGGCACCACGAGCCGCAGCAGCAAGUGCAGCUGCGGCAGAAGCUGAGGGAGCUGCCGGCGCGGCUGCGGAGCGGGCUCACGCUGCGCAGGAAGAACCCCGCCGCCGGGGGCCGGAAUUUGUCCAGACGAAUUUCAAAUCCAUAUCUGGAAAACCCUUCAAGCAAGAUUUAUGGAGAGAGUUCUUCAUGUGCUGGGAGAGCUCUCAGGAAUAUUUUUACCGUUCAAGCUUCUGACCUGAUUAAAGACAGAGUGUACCUUACAGGAAUUUGCAGGAGAAGCUGUGUUGGAUCAGAACUGGUAGACUGGCUAUUGAAGCACUGUCCUUUUGUUAAGUGCAGAUCUACAGCAAUUGGUGUAUGGCAGCUCUUACUGGAUAUGGGAAUUGUGUUAUCAGUGGACAGACAACUCUAUUUUCAAGACACUCAUGUUUUCUACCAGUUCUCAGCUGAUGAAUGUACUUGUCUUUUCUGUGAAUUCAAAAGAGAUGAAGGAUGGCAAAAAGGUGUAAAAUUCUUGCUACAGCUAGUGCCUCUUACUUCUCCCAGGGCUGCUAUAUGCAAUCUGCCUGGUCAAAAAAUAGAGGACACAGCAGAGACCAAUGCUGAAAUUCUUACUCGCCUCACAUCUGCGGUACAGAAAGAACUGGCUGCUGUCAUUGCUUUGAAAGCAAGAAAGUCAACAGUUCAUCAAAACGAAGAAAACAGUAACCAGGAACCAAAAGGGCCAGAAGAAUUCAAAUAUGCUUCUGAUGCACAGGCAGGGGUUUUGUGCAAGCUUCAAGAAAGGGAUGACAUUGGACGGAUUGAACUAGUCCAGAAGCUGGCAAGGGAAAACUGUCAGUUUUUGCAGGUGGAUAGAAAAGAACCAGAGAAGACAGAACAAAAUGAUGAAAUAUUUACGAUUCAAGUGAAGGAACAAGACCAAGAUGUUCUGGUGCUCAGGAAAGUGUCGUCACAUAGCCCAGCCCCCACAUCAGGGAGUGCCGAGAAUGAGUGGAGAUAUGUGGUGGUAUCGGGGACUCCAGAGAAGAUUUUGGAGCGCCUUCUGAAUGACUUGCACCUAGAAGCAGUCCAAGACAAAGAGACAGAGACCCUCCUUGAUGACUUCCUUCUCACGUACACGGUCUUCAUGACAACUGACGACUUAUGCCAGGCAUUGCUGAGGCACUAUUGUGCUAAAAAUGAUCAAGGCAAGGAAGAAAAUGCAGAUGUUCCCUAUAGAAAACGAAAAGUCUUGCAUUUGGUGUCUCAGUGGACUUCUCUCUACAAAGACUGGUUACAUGAAGAUGAGCAUUUAAAGCAAUUUUUAAAGACAAUAUACAGAAAUGUGUUAGAUGAUGUGUAUGAAUAUCCCAUACUUGAGAAGGAAUUGAAAGAAUUUCAAAAGAUACUUGGAAUGCAUCGUCGUCACACUGUAGAUGAAUAUUCACCUCACAGAAAGAAUAAAGCCUUUUUCCACCAAUUCAGUCUCAAGGAGAACUGGCUCCAGCACAAAGGAACCAUGAAUGAAACAGAGGAAAUUUUCUGCCGUGUGUAUAUAACAGAACAUUCCUAUGUCAGCGUAAAAACUAAAGUAUCCACUUCAGCUCAGGAGAUACUGAAAAUUGUAGCAGAAAAAAUCCAGCAUGCAGAGGAGGACCUGACUCUGGUUACCGUCACAUUCUCUGGGGAAAAACAUGAACUACAACCAAAUGACCUGGCUAUCUCAAAAUCUCUCGAAGCAUCCAGUCGUAUGUUUGUCUACAGAAAAGAUCUGACUGAUACUUUGAAUCCAUAUGCUGAAAAUGAGGAAUCACUGCAAAGGUCUGUGAGAAUUUUGGGAAUUAACACCUGGGAUCUUGCCUUAGAAUUAACAUACUUUGAUUGGAGUCUCUUCAAUUCAAUUCACGAGCAAGAGCUGAUAUACUUCACCUUCAGCAGACAGGGCAGUGGUGAAAACACUGUGAAUCUUAGUCUUCUGCUUCAAAGAUGCAACGAAGUACAACUCUGGGUGGCCACAGAGAUACUCCUCUGCAGUCAGCUCUGUAAACGUGUACAGCUAGUGAAAAAAUUCAUCAAGAUUGCUGCCCACUGCAAAGCCCAAAGAAACCUGAACUCAUUCUUUGCCAUUGUUAUGGGUCUCAACACUGCAUCUGUCAGCCGGCUGUCUCAAACCUGGGAGAAAAUCCCUGGGAAGUUUAAGAAACUCUUCACCGAACUUGAAAGUUUGACAGACCCUUCUCUGAAUCACAAAGCCUACAGAGAUGCAUUCAAGAAAAUGAAGUCUCCGAAAAUUCCUUUCAUGCCCUUACUUCUGAAAGAUGUAACGUUCAUCCACGAAGGAAAUAAAACUUUUCUGGAUAACCUUGUUAAUUUUGAAAAGCUGCACAUGAUUGCUGAUACUGUCCGAUCACUAAGACAUUGCAGGAAUAACCAAUGUGGCAAUGAAGUUCCUCCAAAGGAGAAUCAAGAGCUGAAGCCACAUGUCUAUCAUCUGCACGUCAUUGAUGACCAGCAAACGCUGUUUGAGCUUUCUCACCGGAUAGAGCCUCGAGCAUGAGCGCCCACAGCUUCAUGUAACCUUGUAACUGCAGCACUUUUAAUUAAGUGAAUGUUUAUGCCAAGCAUGUUGCUUCCCUAUAUGAGAACAGUUUACUGAGUUUUAUCAGUAGUCACAUGAUACACACAGGAAAAUCAAGCAAAGCAAGACACAGAGCUGUUCACAGCAUUCCAGAGCAAGGAUAGUGCCAUUUCCACUUAUCAGAAAAGGAAGGAGAAGAGCAGCAUUGUUUAAGCUUAGAAGCUUGGUUUGUGUGACCAUAUUGGUGGUCCAGUGUAGUAUUCAAUUGAGACUCCGCCAGUAUUAGAGGGAAAGGAAGCAUCAUGUCACCAUAACAAAACAUUCGAGCAAGCAACACUGUGUGACGUGGGGGUUCACAAUUCACCAUACAGUAUGUACCUCACUAAUCUGAGGCUGCCAAAGUAUUUAUUGUUGCCAAAAAAAAAAAAAAAAAGUGCAAUCCAUGUUGCCACUCUGGCUCCAGGGGAAUGUCUUAUUCGAAAGAACAGCAAAUGCCUCAGAAUGGGAAUAUAAAAAAUAACUUGUAUAAGACAGUGUUGCAUGUUAAUGCAAUUGUGUGUCCUGAUUGGAGGUCAUAAGUCAACAGAAGCUGAUCUCCGAAACUCUCCUAAUUUCAUUUCUCUUAAGAAUUUGCUUUAUAGCAGACAGUAAAAAGAUAAAUCUAAUCUUGACACAGUUUAUGGAAACAAACAGGGCGUUUCCCCUUUUGAGAGACCAAGGGGGCUAUCCUGCAACUCAAUUAGAGCAAUUCUCCAUAUGUAUGAAACCUGAAUAGACUUUCAACGUUAUUUCCUUCUAACACUUCUCUUCCUCCACUCCUGCCCCAAUUUUCAUUUAGACAAAUCAAGGUAGUAUUCAUUGGCAUUACUGAGUAUGUUUUAAGUUACGUUCACAAUGUAUUCUUGUCUUCAGCAUCCUCUCAUCGUAAUAUUGUUUUUCAGGGCUAAGGAAUGGUCCUGAAAUAAUCUAGUAUACACUAUGGAUGAUGUAAUGUGCUUCACAGUAAACACAAUUUAUUGUAGAGGGCCUUAUAGCAAAAUCCUCUUUGCAGUGGCAGUGAAGGUGUACUGUCUGCCUGCCUGUCUGUAUUGUAUCUUUAUCACACAAGAAAGACUUCCAAGAAAAUGCUCCUUUGUUGACAUUUGGGUCCACCAGAGUGUCUGAAGUAGCAUGCUCUUCAUCAUAUUGUGAUCUGUGGUUUAAAGGGACAGAAAAGCAGCUUUAACAAGUAGUUUCGGGGACAUUCUAUCAGAUGCAUUCAGGUUUCCCCAUCUGUGAAAUAUUGUACAGUUAUAAUGUAAAAGAAACAGAUGUUUCAGAAAUGUAUUUGCUUGUACUUUGGUAUUAUCAAAUACGAUAUGAUUUUUCUUUUUUUGAAAGAAAUCUUUUUACCCAGUAAAAAGAAGAAAAAUAAACUCUUGCUGGCCAUGGAGUAAAAAUUUCCAAGUUUUUCUGUAGAUGUGCUUGCACAUAUUGUAAAUAACUCUUCUGUGCAAACAGACCAAAACUGUUCAAGUCAGGACACUAGCUUUAGUGGACUCACAUUUGCAGUAUAAAAACAUAAAUCACAAAUAAUGCUUGUUUUUUGUUUUGUUGCAGUUCAUAAAUUUUCACUGAGUCCCCUCCUUGGGUUCAUUAACUAAAACAUUCACUGAUUCUUAAGCUCCCCAUUGUUGAGAUCUUUUUCUUGUGGCACAACUGUAAUAAACCUCAUUGUAGACCUGACCCAGUACCCUAGUUCAUAAUUAGUUGUUCUUUUGGAAUCAGCAGGAGAGGUGCAUAGUACAGUACUACUCAGUAUGAGUAAGGGUUUUAGAAAUGCACCUCUCUCUCAAUUCUCUGCAACUUUCACCCUACAAUAGCCGUCCUAGUGGUAGUUUACACCUCUCUGCUGGUGAAGCAACAGUGGGGGGGGUAGAGGAGAGGACAAGUGGGGGAAGGGGAAGGAAUGAUCCUGCUCUCCACACUCAGGUUUGCAGUCAGACUAAAAAUUCUGUCUUCUAAAUAGCAACUUUCAAAUAUUGUCAUGCUAUGUAAUUUUGUAUGAAGUGCUACGAACUGCAGCAGUUUACACACGGGUCUUUAUUAUCUGAAUACAUCUUCAGCUGGGAAAGGCAAAUAUGUUUAGUGUAUCCACUCCAUGCAGAGAAUAUUCACCUUGUAUCCACAGUAUUAAUAGGAAGGCAACUGCCCUGACCUUGCAGCAAAAGUUUUCAGCAAAUAAAGACCGUCAGGGUCCUCAUUUUGAAGUGGAGCCUGCCUUUAGACUGGCAAACAUCUGAAGGAAAGGUGGUUGGGAGGACAACUAAAAAGGAACACUCUCUGAAAUGGAGGGGACUGGGUGUAGCAUCCACCCCCGAGUUUCUAGAUCUGGCAAUACUGUGGUCUUUAAUCACAAUCCUUCAAAAUAGUAGCACUGUUAAUGCCAUUUUAGAAUAGCUACCGAAAAUCUUAAAUCUCAGCCUAUCCCAGCCACAUGCCAGAUUAAACUGUGUGUGUGUUAGUAGCUCAGAGCAGGUUUUAG